AUGACAGACAUGUCAACUGAUACAGAUAUGACUCAAGUGACAAAGACUAGUACAGCGCAAGUGACAGAUGUGGUGACUCAGCAAGUCACCACGACCAUCACCACGACAGUUGAUGUGACCUCUGCCAUUGACGUUACAGACAUUGAUACGCAAGAUAUCACCGUGAGUGUCCCAACUACAGUCACUGUCACAGUCACAGGAGCAGCUCCCACAACUUCGGUUGGCAAUGAAUACCACUGCGCCAUUCCUGGAUAUGGAACUAGCGCGUAUUUUGUAAACUCAGGCUCUUACAACGACUGGGGCUCGUCUCGUUCUAGAAUUGCUGGCCUUGUCUGA